AUGGAGAAGUCGGAGGACACUGAAUUCUGCUUUCCUCAUCUUCUCAACGCCUCCUGUGUGAAGUCAAAGCGUCCUCAAUAUGAGACCACGCUGACUUACAUCCUGGUGCUUUCUAUUUCUCUGCUCACUGUGACUCUCAACCUCCUCGUCAUCAUCUCCAUCUCCCACUUCAAGCAGCUCCACACUCCCUCCAACCUCCUCCUCCUUUCUCUGGCUGUGUCAGAUUUCAUCGUCGGCCUUCUCAUGUUGUUUCAAAUUGAGCUUAUAGAUGGCUGCUGGCUCUUGGGCGACAUUAUGUGUUCUCUGUAUCUGUAUCUAGUGUAUAUAAUUACUGCUGCCUCAUUAGGAACCAUGGUUCUGAUAUCGGUCGAUCGCUAUGUGGCUAUUUGUUAUCCUUUGCAUUAUUCCACCAAAGUCACACAACAAAAAGUGAAGAUCUUCAUUAGUCUGUGUUGGCUAUUUUCUGUAAUGUACCAAGGUAUGAAUGUGAAGGAUAACCUGCAGCAACCGGGCAGGUUUAACUCCUGCUUCGGGGAGUGUAUUAUUGCCUUUAACUGCAUUGCUAGAAUAACAGAUCUUGUUGUUUCCUUUAUUGUUCCCAUCACAGUCAUUGUGGUCCUGUAUGUGAGAGUAUUUGUGGUGGCUGUGUCUCAGGCUCAUGCCGUGAGGUCUCAUAUUGCAGUUGUGUCACUUGCACCACGUUCGCUGAAAGUUACAGCUAAAAGGUCUGAACUUAAAGCAGCCAGGACUCUAGGGGUUCUGAUAGGUGUGUUUCUAAUGUGUCUACUUCCGUAUUAUUGCAUCAGUCUUUCAGGCAAUGACAAAAUAUUUGAAACUCCAGCUGCUGCUGUUGUGAUUUAUUUUUACUACUUCAACUCCUGUAUAAAUCCUGCAAUCUAUGCGUUUUUCUACUCCUGGUUUAGAAAAUCAGUCAAACUCAUUGUUACACUGAAGAUACUGCAGCCUGACUCCUGUGAGGUCAACAUGCAGUAAACGGCACUAGGAAAGUAAAAGCCUAUCUUGCUAGAUUUUAACAGAUGCUUUAUUGCUUGUCGCUUUCAUUUACUUACUGUAGCUUUUAAUUCUUACAACAUGGAGAAUUUUGAAUUUUGAAUUCCAGAAAUCAAGAAAAGAAAAUCAAGAAAAGAAAAUCAAAUUUUUGUUUGUAGACCGUGUAUUGAUAUUCUUAUUUACCCACUGAUUCAUAUUAUUGUCGAUUUGUAAAAGUAUAUUAUUAGCAUAAAUGUUAAUUUCCCCAUCGUGGGACAAUAAAGGUAUUCUAUCUAAAAGUUUAAACAAAUGUUAACUUUUAAUAAGCUAUAUUUAUACCCAAUGCACCUACUGUAAAAAGAUGUUGAGUAAGUCCUGCAAAGAUCUAUUGUCCUGUGACUACAGUAAAUCUGCACCCAACUUAAAGCUAAGCACAUCUGAUCAGCUAUAGCGCUAAAAUCAUUGGUAGGUCCAAUGUUGAGGUGGACAGUUCACCCUUAUUCAUUCCAAACUAGGUUGGGUUAAGGGGAGUAAGCUUAAAAACCUCAAGGUUGUGUGUAGGAGAUAUAUAUGUGUCACGAUCUGGGUUUUGUUUCUUGUUGUUUCCUCGUCUUAUUUUGGUUCCAGGUUCCAUUUCCGGUUUUAUUGUGGUAGCACUCCCGGUUUCUGUUUCUGUUCCUGCUUUACUUCCUGUUAUCAGUUCUGUUCUCCCUAGCUCAUUACCCACACCUGUCUGUAAUCAGUUAAUCACUCACCUGUGUAUUUAGUCAGCUCCUGUGUCCUUAGUUCCCUGCCAGAUCGUCGUUCGUGUUUCUUGUUCCUCGUGUUUUGUUCUGGUUUUGCCUUGUGUAUCCUGCCUGACCCUGGACUAACUACUGACUGUGAGUUUUGCUUUAUCCCUGCCUGUACUUUCGCUGAGCCUACUUGUGUACCGAACCCUGCCUGGACAUUGUAUCAGAGAUUGCCU